CUGGUGAUGCUGGAACCAACAUGGCCGCCCCUCGGCCCCUUGGCCCCUCGGGCUCCCGCCGUCUUCGGCUGGCCGCGGGCCUCCGGCUGCUCCCGGUCCUGGGGCUGCUGCAGCUGCUGGCCGGGCCCGGCCUGGGCCGCGUCCACCACCUGGCACUCAAAGAUGAUGUGAGACAUAAAGUUCACCUGAACACCUUUGGGUUCUUCAAGGAUGGGUACAUGGUGGUCAACGUCAGUAGCCUGUCCGUGCAUGAGCCUGAAGGAGUCAUGGACAAGGAUGCAGCUAUCGGAUUCAGCUUGGACCGUACAAAGAAUGAUGGCUUUUCUUCCUACCUGGAUGAAGAUGUAAACUAUUGCAUUUUAAGGAAACAGUCUGUCUCUGUCACCCUUCUAAUCCUAGACCUCUCCAGAAGUGAAGUAAAAAUCAAGUCUCCACCAGAAGCUGGUACCCAGUUACCAAAGAUCAUCUUCAGCAAGGAUGAGAAAGUCCCUGGCCAGAGUCAGGAGCCAGGUGUCGCUGCCGUCCCAGCUGGCAACCGCACUCAGCAGGCACUAGAUGGUGGAAAGUCUAAAAGAAGUACAGUGGAUUCAAAGGCAACAGGAGAGAAAUCCUUUUCUAUUCAUAACAGUGCUGGGGCAGUUUCGUUUCAGUUUUUUUUUAACAUCAGCACUGAUGACCAGGAAGGCCUUUACAGUCUUUAUUUUCAUAAGUGCCCUGGCAAAGAACAUCGGCUUAAUGACAAGUUUUCAUUCAGCCUUGAUAUUGAGAUCACAGAGAAGAAUCCUGACAGCUAUCUCUCAGCAGGAGAAAUCCCUCUCCCCAAAUUAUACAUUUCUAUGGCCUUUUUCUUCUUCCUUUCUGGGACCAUCUGGAUUCACAUCCUUCGAAAACGACGGAAUGAUGUAUUUAAAAUUCACUGGUUGAUGGCGGCCCUUCCUUUCACCAAGUCGCUUUCCUUGGUGUUCCACGCAAUCGACUACCACUACAUCUCCUCCCAGGGAUUCCCGAUUGAGGGCUGGGCUGUUGUAUACUACAUAACUCAUCUGUUGAAGGGCGCGCUCCUGUUCAUCACCAUUGCGCUCAUCGGCACAGGCUGGGCUUUCAUUAAGCACAUCCUCUCCGAUAAAGACAAGAAGAUUUUCAUGAUUGUCAUCCCACUCCAGGUCCUGGCAAACGUGGCCUACAUCAUCAUAGAGUCCACAGAGGAGGGCACAACCGAAUAUGGCUUGUGGAAGGACUCUCUGUUCCUGGUGGACCUGCUAUGCUGUGGCGCCAUCCUCUUCCCAGUGGUGUGGUCAAUCAGACAUUUACAAGAAGCCUCAGCCACAGAUGGAAAAGCUGCCAUUAACUUAGCAAAGCUGAAGCUUUUCAGACAUUACUACGUCCUGAUUGUGUGUUACAUAUACUUCACCAGGAUCAUUGCAUUUCUCCUUAAACUUGCUGUUCCAUUCCAGUGGAAGUGGCUCUACCAGCUCCUGGAUGAAAUGGCCACAUUGGUGUUCUUCGUUCUGACGGGGUAUAAGUUCCGUCCGGCUUCAGAUAACCCCUACCUACAGCUGUCUCAGGAGGAAGAUGACUUGGAAAUGGAAUCUGUAGUGACGACAUCAGGGGUGAUGGAAAACAUGAAGAAAGUCAAGAAGGUGACCAACGGCGCUGCAGAGCCCCCGGGUGACUGGGAAGGCACCGCGUGAGCGCUGACUGGGAGGAUGGCACUGUCAGAGAACACUGCAGCUUACCCCGUAGUCCUCUUGGUGAGCAAGAGCAGUUCCGACAGUCCACCGCCGGCCUCCGACAGCGACACYGCAGAGCUUGGGGCAGGGUGAAGUGCCAUGGACACCUGCUUUGUACUCUUUGAGGGAAACUGGAUCUGUACCUGGUGCCAGGCACCUGGGACUGUCCUCAGGGGGGAGGGAGGUCGGAGUGAGGAGGAGGAGAGGAACCUGCCUGUCACUGAAACAUUCCUAAUGGGCCCACAGGCCCACACAGUGGUGGCCCUGAGCGCUGCAGUGGCCGGCCUCGGCGACUGUCUGCUGCCAUCACAGCACUCCAUGCUGCUCUGGGGAAUGGCCACAGGUCUCCAAGGAUGUCCAAAAGGGACCGGAAGGGUGUCCUUACAUCUUUGGGAGGUGAAAAUGCAUCGAAACCAUCCUAGGAGGUGAGGCCAAGCUCCACUGGUGCCCAGCAGCUGCCCAGGUCCCAGCCCGAGUGGCACCCUGACCUCUGCUCCAGACCCUGGCAGUGACCGGCACUGAGGGCACAGGAGGCCUGUUGCCUAUGUGCCAUCCUGUCACUGUCAGGGUCCCAGCCCCAGGACAACCCCACUGGAGGGACGUGGGCUUCCUGAGGGCGGGAUGGAACUGUCUUUAAGCGCAGAAGCGUCCCCGGGUCUCCCUGGGGCCCCUCCUGAGCAGAGCAACAGCCCUCCUGUCUUCUUCCCCUCUUGAGGCUUUACUUUUUUUUUUAUUUUUAAAAUAUGAUCAGAA